AUGACUAGCACUGCACUACGUGAUAACAGUCGAAACAUUUUGUUCAAUCAUGAUCCAAUAAAAUCAAACUCAGCUACUGGAUCUCCAACUCCAGAAUCACUUUCCAAGGCUUCCAGUCGAAAUCAAGAUCCUGUUGUCGGUAAUUCUGGUUCUGAUAUUGCUGCCUCACCUGCUUCUGUCGGAAAUUCAAAUAAUGAAGCUACACAAAACCUUCAACCAUCAACACCCCCAUUAUCCAAGUUGAGAACAAGAUCAAUGUCUCUGGGUAAAGUGUUCAGUUUUGGUAACAACUCAAAGAAGGAACCAUCAGAUACAACAACUCUCGAUGAACAUGAAGAACUUGAACAGCCACAUGAAGCCAAAAUCCAUGAACCAUUAUCACCAAACGUUGAACCUUUAACUGAAAAACAUUCGGAAACACUCAACGAUACAAGUACACCAGAAUAUAAACAAGAUGGAUCUAUAAAUUCACAAGAGGAAAAGAAACUGUCUUCAAAGAUCAAGAAUUUUUUCAAGAUCAAUUCAAAUUCAAACACAACAUCACCAAAUCUGGCCACCACAAAACCUGAAUUCAAACUACAAAAUGAAGAUAAAGAUUUCACUUUAGAGAAUCCUGCACAAAUCCAUGAAUCAACUCUACAUCAAAAUGGUGAACUUGUUAAAGAGACUCUGGAUCAGCCAACUGAAAUUUUGGAAGAACAAACACAACAAAAUGGAUCAUCUUCAACUUCAACACCACUUACAACAACAUCAACAACCUCAUUAUCAACAAAGACUGGCUCUAAGUUGGCCCAGGCGGCUAGAAGGUUACGCUCACCAUCAUCACCGAACCCACCAAAUAUAAACCAAAAAGACGAAGCUAAAUCCAAGAGUAAUUUCGUCUCUUCACACCCUUACUUUGCUCAUCAAGGUUUACCGCCACAUGCUGGUGAUGAUACUUUCAAAGAUAUCAUUGAUAAUGGGACCUCAGGGGUUGGUCAUGGUCCUUUACCAUUUGCCUUAAAAAAGAACCAUACAGGCUCUCAAUUAUCAUUAAAUCAAAUAGCUGAAGAAUCCAGUAAUGUACAACAUGAGUCAGAGAUACCCGAAGGUGAUGAACAACAGACUGAAUCUUCAAACGGGGAUGGAAAGACCAGCAUUAAUAGUGGAAAACUACAAGUACAAACCCAGCAACAACAGGGGAAUAAACCACUUUUAAGAAGAGUUGCAUCUGCUCCAUUAGGUCUCAAUCAAAAUUCAAAUGAAGUACAUUCUGAUUCUGAAAAGAAACUGGGAGGUAUAUCAGAAUCAAAAACAAGACCACGUAAAAAAUCAUUUUUAUCUUCAAAUGCUAUCAAAGUUUCAGAACUGCAAGUUGGUCCUCAAUCAUUUGAUAAAAUCAGAUUAUUAGGUAAAGGUGAUGUGGGUAAAGUUUAUUUGGUUAGAGAAAAAGUUACAGAUAAGUUAUAUGCCAUGAAAGUUUUAAGUAAAAAGGAAAUGAUUGAAAGAAAUAAGAUCAAGAGAGCUUUAGCUGAACAAGAAAUCUUAGCAACCUCAAAUCAUCCAUUCAUUGUUACAUUAUAUCAUUCAUUCCAAUCUGAAGAUCAUUUAUACCUUUGUAUGGAAUAUUGUAUGGGUGGUGAAUUCUUCAGAGCUUUACAAACUAGAAAAUCAAAAUGUAUUCCUGAAAUGGAUGCCAAAUUCUAUGCAAGUGAAGUUGUUGCCGCUCUAGAAUAUUUACAUUUGAUGGGGUUCAUCUAUAGAGAUUUGAAACCUGAGAAUAUUUUAUUGCAUCAAUCUGGUCAUAUCAUGUUGUCCGAUUUUGAUUUAUCAAAACAAUCAGAAUCAAUUAAAAAUCCAUCAAUGAGCUUUAAUAAUAACAAGAACUAUCAAACUUUAGAUACAAAAGUUUGUAUUGAUGGUUAUAGAACAAAUUCAUUCGUUGGUACUGAAGAAUAUAUUGCGCCAGAAGUUAUUAGAGGUAAAGGUCAUACAGCUGCGGUUGACUGGUGGACUUUAGGUAUUUUAGUUUUUGAAAUGUUAUUCGGUACAACACCUUUCAAAGGUCCAAAUAGAAAUCAAACAUUUUCACAAAUUUUGAAAAGUGAUAUAACUUUCCCUGAUACUCAAGCUGUUUCUUCAAAUUGUAAGAAUUUGAUCAAAAAGCUAUUAAUUAAAGAUGAAAAUAAAAGAUUGGGUUCUAAACUUGGUGCAUCUGAUAUUAAAAAUCAUGCUUUUUUCAAAAAUACACAAUGGGCAUUAUUAAGAAAUCAAAAACCACCAAUGAUUCCAGUUCUAUCAAAGAAUGGUACAGAUUUCCAUAAAAGUGGUCAAGCAAAUAAACAAUCUUCAAUAGAUAUAUCGAAGGAACAAAUUUUACAAAAAGCUUUAGAUCUUGAUGAUGAAUUAAAUGAAGAAACAGACCCAUUUGGUGAUUUCAAUUCAAUGACCUUGAUUCAUGAUGGUGCACAAAAUGAUGAAUCUUUGAUCUAUGGUACUGGUAAUUCAUAUGGUUCAAUAUCUUAUACUGUUACAAGUGGUAGCAGACCAAGAACUAAUAGUAAAAGUAUUUUUAAGACAAAGUUUUGA